AUGGACUGGGCCUUCUCAGUACUCGAUCGGCUGAUCGGAAACGAAUCGAAUGUGGUCGACAUCUGCCCUGGGGUUGGAUACUCGACCCUCUACUUCGCGAACAAGGUCAGACGAGGGAAAGUCAUCGUAGCAGAGCCAAGAAGGCACCUGGCCAACUGUCUUGCUGCUACGCUGGGCAUUUCCUCGCACAGCAAUGUGCAUCUCCUUCCUUGCAUCGCAGGAAACGGCCGACAGCAAGUCGUCGACAUCAACGAGUCUCUAGCCUCCAACUCCGCCAAGGAGCGGACGCUACCAACAUGCACCUGCCCGACAGUGUCCCGUGCAGAGCUCUUGACGACCGGAGGCAGGAUCGAGGAGAGUGUAGCAGAUCGAGUUCACUUGAUCAAGAUCUCGUUGUGCGCGUACCCUCCAUGGCAGGAUGUUGUCGCUGGUGCCCGAGCUGUUCUGCUCCUCCAUCAACCCAUCCUGUACAUCGAGACCCCUAGAGGGCACAAGGCAAUGGAGAUUGAAGGAAGAUUGAAAGGGCUUGGAAUGACAUACAGGUGCUACUGGUCUGCAGGCCGUAUGUUCCGCAAGGACAACUGGAAGCAGAACAAGUUUGACCUCUUCGGACCCGUUCUCUCCGUUUUCCACGCCCUCUGCAUUCCUCCUCACAUCAACCUCGUCGGCCUCCGCCCCAUCCCCGAAGACCCAUGGCACAAGCAUGCGCAGGUUGCGAGCUCGAUGUACGAGGGAGGCGAACUGACCUUGCGAUGCAAGAUUCCGCUGGACGAGCUGUUCGUCAGUGAAGUGCUGAACAUCUCAGUCAACAAGCAUUCUGGCGUCGGGAUACGCACGGACGGCUCGACAGAUGCCGUCACGUCGGCGAGGAGGCAAGACUUGUCCCUCCUCGCCUGCACGAACUGA